AUGCACCCGAGGAAAAUGCCGCGGUACUGGCGAGAGUACAAAACGCCUGAUGGCACAAAGUAUUACUACAAUGUGAAUACAAAGCGUUCUACAACUGACAAACCAGACGAUUUCGAGGAAUCUCAGAGCUUCAGAAGUAAGAGUCGAAGAGUGGACCCCGGUGUUACAUUUGUAGUGCCAUUGUCAAAUGACUGGGUUUUGUCCGUCUGCGAAAAUGGGCAGCGGUUUUUCUACAAGAGCUCAACAGAGGAGUCGCGGUGGGACAUCGAGGACGAAGAAUCUUUAAGAAUCUUGUCACUCGUCGAUAAAAACAAGUUGGUUUUACUUCUGGCAACGGCCAGGGGGUUCGACAUAGGGGAAAGAGAUGUGUAUCAAGAGCUUCUGGAGGAUAUCAAUAACCUGAAGCAAAGCAGGGGUGUUCCCGAGGGCUCUGAAGUUAUAGAGGCUGCUGAGGAGCCGUCACACACUGCCGGGGAGCCCUCAAAUGCUACUGAGGAACCUUCACAGGCUGUUCGGACUUUGAUUUCAGCCUAUGAAAGCUCUGACGAAGAUGGGGACUCAAGUGACGAGAUAAAUGCUGAAAAAGAGGUGCAUAGUGACAACGAAGGUUCCAAUUCAGAUAUUGAAGACCUCAACGCCGCAUCCCAUCAAUACAAUGAAGCAACCAAACAGAUGUUUACUUCUCUUUUUGAUGAGUACGAUCUAGACCCAUACUCAACUUGGAAUAUGCAGUCAAAAAAGAUCUGCGAUAAUCCAUUGUUCUAUCAAGUUGCAAGUGAUGCGGAACGCAGAGAGCUUUUUGAAGACUGGUGCGUUGCAAAAGUCAAACUUGAAGAUGUUAUAGAGGAUCCAGCGCACCAAGCUGUCUCCUCGGAUGGUGAUGGUGAUGAUGACGAUACAAGCACCGAUGAAUUAGAACCUACUCGUUAUCAUUACUUGGCGCAUAUCGUGUCUAAAGCAGAAGUUGCGCCCUCUACACUUCCAAGAGACUUAAGAAGCGAACAGAAGCAACUGUUCAAGCAGUUCAAGAUAAAAGAAUCUCUCGGCAAAAAGCAGCAAGACGAAUUUUUAUCAAAGCUGCUGUUUUACUAUAAAAACAUGACAGAGGAACAAAGGUUAGAGGUUUUAGUGAAGUUUUUGAAGACCAGGAGAAAGCUUAUCAUGAAAGGGUUUCGAAACAUAGAACAACUAGAAUCUGUUCUCUCUCAGCAGGAUCUGCCAACUAGCGGGUUUGCUAUUGAGUCCCAACUGCUAAGGCUAGAAGAUUGUAUUGACAUACAUGGGGUUAGCAAGGCACUUCAAGACGAAGUUCAGUAUUAUGUGUUGGGAAUUAAACAAAAAACCACCGCCUUGAAGGAGUUUCUAAAACAGCUAAAUAGUGAAGUUUGA